AUGGGCCAACAACAGUCAAAAAGCAGCGAUGGUACCAGAACCCCACUAAAGAGCGGCUCCUCCUCCAAUCUUCCGGAAACUCUACAGCAGUAUCCCUCCAUAUCCAAAUCCGACACCAGAGAGAGUGCCUCGAGGUCCAUUCGGUCUUCCAUUCGAAGCAAGAUAAAGAGCUCGGGAGAUGACAAGACCAACGACAGCCCCAGGGCCUCAGGGUCAACUCUUGCGGGGUCAGACGGCCCAAAUAACGACAGGGCUGACGCUAGUUCGAUUGCGAGUGGCCGUUCGGCUUCCUCUCGGCCGCCCAGAGAGAAAAUCACAAACAAUCCGCUGGUAGAGUCUCCCACGUCGCCUCCCGACGAGGACGAAGCUCCAUCACCAGGUGCCAAUACGCCUGCCAGGCCUCCGUCCCCAACCCAGUCCAAGUCCGUGGGUAAAGGUCACAAAUCGGUAGAUCGUGCUCAGAGGACUGGGGAGGUAGGAGCGGUGUCUGAGGAAGCUCCUCACCAGGCCCAUGUCCACUCUUCCACACAAAAGGCGGGUGAUUCUAUCUUGGUUAAGCGGGAGAAUCAGAUCAACCCGCGAGCUCCGGAGACCAAGGCCUCAUUGCGGGCCAAGCUGGCAGAGCUGCCAGGUGCUUCUCCAGGAGGUGGUAUGGGCAUGAGUGAAGUGAAUGACAUGGACCUGGACGACAUGAUUUCCCGUCUCCUGGAUGCUGGGUAUACCACCAAGGUGACAAAGGCUGUCUGCCUCAAGAACGCCGAAAUCACGGCAAUUUGUACCGCCGUUCGAGAAGUGUUGCUAUCUCAACCAGCGCUGUUGGAGCUCACUGCACCGGUCAAAAUCGUGGGGGAUAUUCACGGGCAGUACAAUGAUCUGAUCCGACUUUUCGAAAUGUGCGGCUUUCCCCCCAAUGCGAACUAUCUUUUCCUGGGCGAUUACGUCGAUCGGGGGAAACAGUCUCUCGAGACAAUUCUACUCUUGUUCUGCUACAAGCUCAAAUAUCCGGAAAACUUCUUCAUCCUUCGCGGUAAUCAUGAGUGUGCUAACGUCACUCGCGUUUACGGUUUCUAUGACGAGUGCAAGCGAAGGUGCAACAUCAAGAUCUGGAAAACAUUCAUUGAUACUUUCAAUUGUCUACCCAUUGCUGCGAUUGUGGCGGACAAGAUCUUCUGUGUCCAUGGCGGGCUAUCCCCGUCGCUGUCCCAUAUGGACGACAUCCGACAGAUUGCUCGACCAACAGACGUUCCUGAUUAUGGGCUGCUGAACGAUCUAUUGUGGAGCGAUCCGGCCGAUAUGGAUCAAGAUUGGGAGUCAAACGAACGGGGAGUGAGCUACUGCUUUGGGAAAAAGGUGAUUGUCGACUUUCUUGCGCGGCAUGAUUUCGACCUGGUUUGUCGGGCUCAUAUGGUUGUUGAGGAUGGAUACGAAUUCUUCAAUGACCGGUUGCUGGUCACGGUCUUUUCUGCACCCAACUAUUGCGGCGAGUUCGACAAUUGGGGGGCAGUGAUGUCGGUGUCCAGUAAUUUAUUGUGCAGUUUUGAGUUGCUGAAGCCCCUAGAUUCGAGUGCUCUGAAGAGCCAUAUCAAGAAGGGCCGAAACGCUCGCCAGAAUAUGCUCAACAGUCCGCCAGCACAAGUGUCCGCUCAGAGCUUUUAG